AUGGAAGAUCAUCAAGGCCAAGGCGGAGGCCAAGAGGCCAAAGAGCCAAACAGUCCAAACAGUAAUGGCUCCUCAGAGAGAAGUGAACCAGUAAGGUCAAGGUGGAUUCCGAAACCAGAGCAAAUCCUAAUUCUGGAGUCUAUUUUCAAUAGUGGAAUGGUAAAUCCUCCGAAAGAAGAGACCGUGAGGAUAAGAAAACUGCUAGAGAAAUUCGGGUCGGUUGGAGAUGCAAACGUCUUUUACUGGUUCCAAAACCGACGGUCAAGAUCCCGUCGCCGCCAACGGCAGUUGCAAGCGAGCUUUGAGCAGAGGAACCAAGCAGCAGCUGAUCAACAAGUUGGUGGUGCAAUUCAGUAUGGAAGCUCUAGUACUACUAGUUUCAGUGCUCCACCACCACCACCAGCUAUGGCUUUUGGAGCUUCUACACCUUCCACUUUUGGUUCUAAUUAUGAUCUUGUGGGCGAUUCUUCUUCAUCUUCUUGUGCUGCUAUGGCAGCAGAUGAUCACUUCUUUUCAGUUUCCGGUCAAAUGGGUUUUCCAGAUAUCGAGCACAGUUCCUCCGGUGUAACGUCUGUGUUAGGUCCUUCAGAUGCCUCAAGUUUGCACUUCCAAUCUGGUGUGAAUCUGAUGAUGACAGUAUUUAUUAAUGGGGUUCCAACAGAAGUUCCAAGAGGGCCACUUGACAUGAAAGCAAUGUUUGGCACUCAAGAUGUGUUGUUGAUUCAUUCCUCUGGAGUUCCACUUCCAAUCAAUGAGUUUGGUUUCUUAGCCCACAGCUUGCAGCCUGGUGAAAGCUAUUUCCUGGUCUCUCUCUCU